AUAUUUUUUUAUUUGUUCUUUAUUUUCUUUUUAAUAUUAAAUUUAAAUGUUUUCUAAAAACUCGGCCGUUUUAUUUCUAUAGUAAAAAAUAAGAGUGUUUUAAAAGUAUAUAAAUAAGAUCCUUAUGAACGGGUUCGCGAAACUCGAAUAUCUCCAGAGCAGUCCCGAAAAGUCUCGAAAAAUGAGCUACAUAUUUACAGACAGAGGUCGGGCCGCAAUUAAGGCCGCAAUUAAGGCCGUAAGUUAUAAUAGAUUUGAGAGACUAACAGCACUAAGACAAAGCAUUAAACAUACGCUCCAAAGAGUCGAUGUACUUCUUAUCCAAGUUUGCCUUCCGCUCAACUUAAUUGUUUUUUCAUAAUUAUAAAAUAGUCACGCUACCCAUAGACAAGUGAUUGAUCCGUAAAGAUUUUGGUCCCACUUGAAGGCCUAUCAAGACAAAGUUUUGGUCCCACUUGAAGGCCUAUCAAGCUCUAAUUGAUGUGCCUAUGGACAUUGAUGCUGCAACUGAUGAGGAUACAACUUUUACUGAUAGAGACAUUUCAGCAUUUUCACCUGAGGCCUUCACAGAUAUAGCUGGCCCUUCAUCAGCACCAGAUAAUAUAGGAGUUCAGUCACCAUCAUCGACAGUAUCAGUGGUUAGCUCUAUUUCUGAACCGAUUUUAUUAGAAAUCAAAGAUGACAUUCCUAAAGGACUUCACCCAGAUUCUUUCAGUUUGAAAGCAACCGUGGGUCUGCCCUACAUUCCAAAUCCUGGAAUGCUUAGUUUAAGUACUGCAACUGUUAAGCGGUUAAUCGAUGAUACUGAGGAAGGUCGACUGAUCGUGGCUAGUUACAAAUCCGGCGGAGUCUUUUUAAGACAAAAAUUGGUUUCCCUUAUUAUCAGCAAUGAGUUAUCAAAUAACCCCAGGAAACGCAUUUCUUCUGAGCGCUUCAAAACCCUUGCUCAAGAAAUAUAUGAUCUAUUUCCCCAUGAAGGCCCAGGCGUAUAUUAUCUGCCUUAUGUGACAGAAAAUGGAGAUACGAGGGCUGCCAGCGGAAAGUGAUACCACCACUAUAUACAGGUUAGAAAGCAAUAUAGAAAUCUGGGCCUCCUUAAUGUGAAAAAGGGUAAACAGGAGCAAAGUUGUUCUGCUGUUCAAGAGGGUUACGAUGAAGACCAUUUAACAUGGUUGAAAAAUAAUAUUGAACCUUUCACGAAAGUUGAAGACUUCUGGAAGGAAACGUUUUCCGUCAGAGAGCAGAUGUUGAAAUCUGAAAUAAGUAUUUUCAAUUAUUUCAAAACAUUCCCCGCUCUCAGAUGCCCGCUUGGCUAUGCUUUGCUUGUUGAUGAUUUCAACAGACUGCACCCGGGUCAGGAAAAUACAUUUUAUAAUAAGUUGGAAAAAUUUACUACAGCGGUGGUAAAAUUAUCAGAGAGUGGUAAUAAGUUCCUAAAAACAGUCAUUGAAAACUAUUCAAAAACUAAGAACCUUGACAAUUCCAAAUUAGAGAAUCUCGAUGAUGCAGACCAACUAUUUAUAUUAAGUGUUUUACCAUUUGUCUUUGCAAGUCAAGCCCCCAUCAAGUCCAAAAAUAAAUGGCGCCCAAGUAAAUUGGAGGCUAAAGAGGGGUUCAUUAUUCAUGUUAAGAGCGCUGCUGAUGUAGAAAUUACGUUAGAGCAACGAAAGGAUAAGUACCAAGCCUUCGGACUUACAGCUCAACCAGUGCCGAUUUGGGUUGGGGAGUUGAAAAAUAUUGUGGCGAGUUACGUUAGUGUUAAUGACGCUGUAUAUAAAGUAGAGAGCCCAUUAAAAGCAAUUGAUGUAACCUUCAAACUCUAUUUUGCUCUUGGCGCUCAGUAUCCGCCUGAAGCUAAGUUAGCGUGGCUCCUACUACAAAAGGGAAUUUAUAAUAUUCAUGAAAAUGAAAAGUCAUAUAUAUCCCUUACAACAAUUUUAAGCGACAUAAAAAAACAUAUGUCCUAAGUUAAGUUAUUUUAAAAAAUGUUAUGUUUUGUUUGUUGUAUUAAUAUUCCCUCCAUAAAAGGAAUAAUCUAUCAUUUAAAAAACGAACACAAUUUGAAAGAUAA